GGCCUCAACUGGCAGUCUGAUUGCAGGGUCCCUUACUGCUUGGUCUUGUCGCGGAAUAGACUGUAUAAACAGAGUUGAACAUUUAACAAUUUUACGUCUCUGUUGUUGUUAAACUUUGAAAAUAAAUUGUGUAUUUUGGGAACUGCAUAUCUAACGAAACAGUGUAAUAGAAAGACACAAACAACAAAUAAAUAAUUUGUAAACAUCGAAUUUAUGGCGCGUAUGAAAUUAGUACACCAAAAAUACGAUAAUAUUGUGCAUUAGAUAAACAUAUGUGUAUACAUAAAUAUAUUUAUAUACAUACAUAACACAACGUAAUUUGGCAAAUAAAUACAAGAAUUGUGAAAGUCUCUUUGUAUGCUUUGAACAUUCACGUUUACGCGUACAAAACAAGCGCUGCUACAGUGUAAUAAGCGCCGCUGCCGUGCGUGUAUGACUACGAGCGUGGUGUAAGGGGAGGCUAAGUAAAGAGGUGAAUUUUCACGCACGUUUUACAACAUUUAUCUACAUACAUACAAUAUAGCCGCUUAAAUUUGCCGUGCUUUUGUACGAAAUCCACGCAAACUCAACCCGUCAUAACAAUAACAAUAAUAAUAUCAAAUAAUAAAUAGUUAAAAACAAAAAAAAAAACUGAAAAAGACAUGGAUCUCCAAAUGACUGAACAAAACGAGCGUCUCUAUCCUCAAGAUGGCCAAGGACAUAAAGGGAAAUUUGUACCAACCCAUGGCACCAAAAAUUCCCUACAAGAUACCACGGAAAUACUCAAGAAACCUCAAUGGAGCGCAUUGUUGUUGUUAAUUGGCUUCGCUGCUACCUUCGGCUCAGCAGUUCCAGUUGGCUACUGUAUUGGAGUUAUCAAUGCGCCGGCGUCAAUAAUAAAAGUUUGGUGUAAUGAGACCUUGCAUCAACGUUACGGUUCUAAUCUAAGUGCUUCUGGUAUAGAUUUGCUCUGGUCAUCGGUCGUUUCAAUUUUCUUGAUAGGUGGAGCUGUUGGUUCGCUCGGUGGCGCUAGAGCGGCCAAUAAAUUUGGCAGAAAAGGCAGUUUUCUAAUUAGUGGCGGACUUUUCACCAUCGGCGCGAUACUCUUCUUCUUUUGCCGUGCAGCUGGCUCUGUGGAAAUGCUUUUACUGGGUCGUCUUAUAGUCGGCCUCGCGUCUGGUCUGACCACCGGUGUGUUACCAAUGUACCUUACAGAAAUCGCACCACUCGCCUUACGCGGCACAUUUGGCGUUUUAUGUUCGAUGGGGGUAACUGGUGGUGUUGUGGUGGGACAAGUCUUCAGUUUACGCUAUGUCUUCGGCACAGAAGAAUAUUGGCAUUAUGCUUUGAGUUUUUACAUCAUACUUGUGGCUUUAUGCUAUUUACCCUCAUACUAUUUCCCAGAAAGUCCCAAAUAUCUUUAUAUAGUACGUAAUAAUCAGGAGCAGGCUCGUAGUGAAUUACGUCGUAUAUGUAAGGGGCCAAAUGCGACGAUUGUUAUAAAUCAUGAAAUUGAUGAAAUGGAAGCGGAAGUGAAUACAAAAGUACAAACAUGUAGCUUCAUUUCGGUGUUGCGAGAUCCAACAUUUUUAUUACCUUUGAUAAUUGUAUGCUCCUUCCAAGGUGGUCAACAGUUAUCGGGCAUUAACGCUAUAUUUUAUUAUUCGGUGUCAAUCUUUGAGAAAGCUGGACUUUCAACAGCCGAUGCGGAGUGGGCAAAUUUGGGCGCUGGUUGUCUGAAUUUAAGUGUAGCCUUUUUGGGACCAAUGCUAAUGUCCAAACUGAAUCGCCGUCCGGUGAUGAUGGUUUCAACUGGAGUUUGUGCUGUCUUCCUCUUUACCAUCGCCUUUGUUUUGUACUAUAUCGAUACUACCAGCUGGUUCCCCAUAAUUUGUAUUGCGUGUAUUAUGGGUUAUAUAUUCUUCUAUCAAAUCGGUUUGGGACCGAUACCAUACUUUGUUGGUUCAGAACUCUUCGAAGUCGCACCCCGUUCGGUGGCUAUGUCGAUGGGCAGCUUAUCAUCGUGGGUAUGUAAUUUCACAGUCGGCAUGGCUUUCCCGUCUCUGCAAAACGCCUGGGGCGCUUUCGUUUUCUUGCCAUUCUCCGUUACGUGCUUACUGCUCUUCUCGCUAACGAAAUUCUAUUUGCCUGAGACGCGUGAACGCGAUCCAUCUGAGGUGGCGCCACUUGUGGCUAAGGGGUUUCGCUCGAAGGUGAAGUGAGACAAUGAAAUAUGAAGACAACCACAAUUCAAGAUGAUACAUGAAUUAGAAUUCCUAUUAAUGUGCAAAAAAA